GCAGCGGCCAAGAUGGCGGCGGACGAGGCGACGGACGAGUUGCUGCGGGAGCGGCCGGCGUUGGCCGCCUGGUUGGAGGAGCUGCGGGGCGGCAGCGAGAACCAGCGCCACUGGGAGGCGCGGCGCCGCUUCAUCAUCAACAACCUGCCGGCGGCGGCGGCGGCGACCAGUGGCGGGGAGGGGGAGGGGGAAGGUGAGGCCGGGGCAAUGGAGCCGGAUCCCCCGCCCCGGGCCGGGCCCCGCACCGACCGCCUGCUCGCCCUCUCCAUGGUCUGGGCCAACCACGUCUUCCUCGGGUGCCGGUACUCGAAGGCAGUGAUGGAUAAAGUGCUGGAGAUGGGAGAAGGGAUCAAAGUUACAGACGCGCCGGUGCAUACAACACGAGACGAAGUGGUAGCCAAUAAGAAGAAAAGAGAGAUUCCCAGCACUGAUGAAAAGGCUAAAGUAAAACCAAGUGAAAAGAAGAAAGCGGUCACCGACGUUAAAACCAUUGAUUUUGUUGCCAUGAGCGAAACGGCUGAAAAUGUCAGCCAGGAAGUCGAUCCCACCAGAAUCCCGGGCCUUGAUGGUUUCCCCGAAAUUGAAGCUCCGGCUCCCUUGCCCGGACCGCAAGCGGAGACUCCGGCCUGCCCCGUGCCGACCGUCAGCUCGAACCAGAAGGAAGCCCAGCCCGCCCCGAAAGAGAGCGAGGUGAAGAAAGCCCCGGCUCCAGUCACUAAUCAGCAGGCGCCAGCGCCGGCGCCAGCACCGCGCUCUGAGCCUCCGACGCCCACCAAGAAUUGUUCUUCUAAUUCCGUAGAGGCUAAGCCAGCUGCCCAGCCGGACAUCGUCGAGCGCCUCGUCCCCGCGGCUACCUCGCAGAAAGUCGCCCCGCAGCCGGCUGCCUCUCAGAGCUGCAAGCCGCCCAUAACCGUGGUCAGCUUGACUCCUGAAGCCGUGAAAGAGAAGCAGACCUUUUACAACAAACUCUACAAGGCCGUCGCCUGGAAGCUGGUGUCGGCCGGGGGCUACAGCAAUGAUAUUGACCACUUGGCCAUUCUGAGUAACUGCAUACAGGCCACGAAGGGCAGCCUGGAUAGCGUCUGUAUCCCCCUGAAGGACAUUUCCGAGCUGCAUUUACCACACAGCGCAGCCCGCGAGGGCAUUGUAUGCGAAUUACGGUGCCAGUCUGUGUACUUGGCCACGGGGUACGGUAAAUGCAAAGUCAGCGCCAAGGAUAUGGCCGCAAAGGAAGCUGUGAAGCUGUUCUUGAAACAGAAGGUCACCGUGAAGAUGUGUAAAAGGAAAUUCAAGGGGACUGACAUUGAAGAUUUAGUACUUCUGAGUGAAGAUAUACAUCGCUUAAACCUAGCCCCUGCACUAAUGAAUCCUUUAGAACCUUCCGCAAGGUAAACCCGACGUGUAAAGCGCUCUUCUGAUGAGUUAAUUGGAAAUAUUUUAUAUGUCUGAAUGCGUAUGAAGUCUUUGUUCGAUUACAUGAUUGUAAAAGGUGCACGUGUAUAUUGCAGUUAUAGUUAGAGUUAUUUGGAAUUUCUUUUGAGACAAGGUUAAAACUGGAUUGCCCAACAAUUUAUCAAAUGGGAAAAAAAUACAUGGGUGAGUUUU